UUUCUUCUUUUUAGCGGCAGCCUGGAUGUUGAUGGCGACGGCGAUAGGGCCUUCAAUUUCGCCCAUUUGGCAAGAAUUGGAUGGCGAAAUUGGUGUGGCAGCUGCGGGAGAGGCAGCUCUAUCGGAGGCGUGGCAGCGGCAGCCUGUGGUCUGGAUGUUGUUGGCGACGGCGAUAGGGCCUUCAAAUUUCGCCCAUUUGGCAGGAAUUGGAUGGCGAAAUUGGUGUGGCAACUGCUGGAGAGGCAGCUCUAUCGGAGGCGUGGCAGGUACGUAUGUUUUGACGGCAGCCUGUGGUCUGGAUGUUGUUGGCGACGGCGAUAGGGCCUUCAAAUUUCGCCCAUUUGGCAGGAAUUGGAUGGCGAAAUUGGUGUGGCAACUGCUGGAGAGGCAGCUCUAUCGGAGGCGUGGCAGGUACGUAUGGUUUUGUUGGCUGCUCUGGACCUGUGCGGUGGAUUGUCAGGAGCGUCGUCAAUAAAUCCUUAAAUGUCGUCCAAUUGGCAUCAGAUGUGUGGUGUUGAUGACGGGGCAGCUGCUGGAGGGGCAGAUCUGUC